AACAACAGCCGCGGUAUCUCACUCUACCGCACUCAUAGGCAGACUUAAGACUUUGAAAUUUCCUCACUUUCUUUUACUUUCACUUCAAUCGCACUUAAAGGUGUCUCUUCUUUCCUUUUACUUCUCUCACCUUAGAAUUGGUCCUACGGAUACCAUAUUGUUCCCCUUAUGAUCGGUCUACAGAUUAAGCCAAGGGGUAUGUGCGCUGUAGCUGGAAUUUGGUUCCUUUUAUCCAUUCGCCUUUGCAUGCUCACUGAUGGGGAACUAUAGGUCGUCCCAUCAAAAAACUUCCGUCUACAAUUAGGCUUGACCUUGCCACUGCUACUGCCGAAACCCUUUAUACCCGUUUGUCGGCCUACACUGGACUUUCUAGAGAUCGGUUGCGCUUGACAAAGGGAAGCGAUGGCAGCGUUGUGACCGUAAGGAGGGAGAGUGGGAAGGAUGUUAUGGUUGAAGAACUGGGAUUACGGGAUGGCAGCACGGUCUUUGUCAAGGAUCUAGGUACGGAGUGCCGUAUAUCCAUCUCAGCUCAAUAUUUUGCCCCCCACAUUGAACAUUGAGAAUAGUCGCUCAUUGGCGUUUUUAAUGUUAUUUCUAUAGGUCCACAAGUCGCCUGGCGUACCGUAUUCGUGAUUGAGUACCUAGGGCCUCUCUUUAUUCACCCACUACUCCUUUAUGCUUUGCGACCUUACAUCUACUCGUCAUCCCCUCUCAACCCCCUCUCAUAUAUCCCAUUCGGCCCAUCACUCAAGCCCGAUCAAGUGCUUCCUCCACCAACCCAGACGCAAACACUCCUGUGCGCACUGGUCGUUCUUCAUUUCCUCAAGCGCGAAUAUGAAACCUUCUUUAUCCACCGCUUUUCGGGGGGUACUAUGCCCUUCCGCUAUAUCUUCAGGAACGCGGCACACUACUGGAUCCUUUCCGGGGUGAAUCUUGCCUAUUCCUUCUACACACCUGCUGCCUCGCCCGCAGCAUCCUGGUGGCCGGUUGUGCUGAAUGCCGGUAACAAUCCUGCUAUAGUCUACAGUAUGGUGGCACUUUGGGUGUUUGCCCAGAUCUCUAACUUCAAAACCCACCUCGCAUUGCGUAACCUUCGGCCUGCAAAUAGUACCAAGAGACAGAUUCCUAAGGGAUAUGGGUUUGACUCUGUUACUUGCCCCAAUUACUCUUUCGAGGUUUUGUCGUGGGUUUGUGUUUGGGUGUUGAGCGGUGGAAAUUGGGCUGCUUCGUUGUUCACCCUUACUGGGACAACUGUAAUGUUCCUUUGGGCUCGGAAGAAGGAGAGGAGAUACAGAAAAGAAUUUGGCAGUUCUUACAAGAAGAAGAGGAAUGUUAUCGUUCCGGGGAUUUUGUAGGGCCAAGUAAAGAAGAUGUUUAAGUGGAGGGAUAUGCUGAAAAGGGUCAGAUAGAGAAUGUAGUACAGAGUUUUUCGUUGAUGACAUCCGGUAUCCCGUGAGGUGAUGACGGCGAGCGGGUAAUCGGUUGAAACAGGCCAAACAAUCUUUGCAUAUUUGGAAGCAAUUCCCCUGCUAAUUAUCGCGGAUCGAUACUGUGAUCGUAUCCGGUAAGGUGUUCUCUAGCGCAUGAAUGGAAACAUCUGCAUAGAAUCACGGGACGCGCCGUCAGGUGACACAAGCAAGCUCCUGCAGAGUGUCGGGGUUGGCAGGCGUUUUAGCAGGGAAUACCUGUACUAGUACAGUACUUGUACCCACACGUCGGAAUUCCGAAGGGUCGGACUCUGGAGAAGGGGUGCGGAGAGUUCGUCCAUCUCCUUCAAUCCCCAAGCCAUGUUGCACGGAAUUUUGUAGUGCAGCGAGAGGGCUCCUAAAGGAGGUGUCAUCAACCUCGUGCAACCUAGAGGAGGGACGCUACCCUGUGCUUCACUGCGGAUGAAGUUGGUGGAAAAAUAACAAUUGGGUAAGGCUGUGGAGCACUGUACGAGUAUACUCGUAGUACGGUACAUGUAGUCGACCUGUAGGGAAGUUGUGGGGAAGGAGCCGGGAAGUUCCGAUAUCAAGAGUGUCGGGCUCCGCCAACGCAAGGGAUGAGGGGGGGCUAAUCCAACAAGAGCUGGGUCUGCUUUUGUGAAGGUUGGGGACAUCGGGUCAUGAUAGCACAU